GCCGAGGACAAGGGGCCGCCGGUGGGGCCGGCCGGCCGGCGGAGCGCCGCCUCCGACACACAUGAGAGUCUUCAGUUGGCAUAAGAAACUUAGCUACCUGGAUUGGUUUUGGAAUUGGGAAGCUGGAGCGACUCUCCUGGACUUGUGGGCUGGGGGGCUGCUGCUCUGUGACUCAGCGGUGACUCACGUCUCUCUGGCUCGGUGGUCUCCGAAGAGUAUCCCAGGCUUGUGAGACGAUCGUGAUAGUGUCUUCCACCCGGGGCCUAGGCUUCCCUGGAGCCCGGCAGCUCCUCACCAGUGGGAUUCCUACCUGUUCCUGCGGCGCCAUCCCUGCCAGGCUUUCCUCCCUUCCUGAGGCCUCUGCCUGCCAUCCACCCCCAGGACCCUCGCCUGUGGCUGCUGUCCUGGCUCUGGAAUACGUGGUGACCAGGCAUUGAUGCACCCCCAGGGAGGCCACGCGCUCAAGGAGGCUGACCCCCGCUGGCUGCUGCUCACAUGGUUUCUGGGCCCCUGGCACUCCGGUGGUGUGCGUGGGCAGGGCGUGGGGACAUGGGGCCCGACAUGGAGCUGCCCAGCCACUCGAAGCAGCUCCUGCUGCAGCUGAACCAGCAGAGGACGAAGGGCUUCCUGUGUGACGUCGUCAUCAUGGUGGAGAACUCCAUAUUCCGGGCCCAUAAGAAUGUCCUGGCCGCUAGCAGCAUCUACUUCAAGUCCCUGGUUCUGCACGACAACCUCAUCAGCCUGGACACGGACAUGGUCAGCUCCACAGUAUUCCAGCAGGUCCUGGACUUCAUCUACACAGGCAAGCUGCUGCCCAGCGGCCAACCAGCUGAGCCCAACUUCAGCACUCUCCUCACUGCUGCCAGCUACCUCCAGCUGCCCGAGUUGGCAGCCCUCUGCCGCCGCAAACUCAAACGAGCUGGCAAGCCCUUUGGCUCUGGGAGGGUGGGUGCUGCUGGCAUGGGGCGGCCCCCCCGCAGCCAGCGGCUGUCCACGGCCUCCGUCAUCCAGGCUCGGUAUUCAGGGCUUGUAGACGGGCGCCAGGGGGCCCACACUUCCCAGGAGCCCCCCCAGGCCAAAGGCUCUGAUGACGAGCUCUUCCUCGGCAGCUCUACCCAAGAGAGUGCGCGUGGCCUGGGCCGGGCCAUCUGCCCCACCGGAGGGGAGGCCAGCCUGGGCGGGUGCAGCACCAGUGGGAGCAGCGGGGGCUGUGAGCAAGAGCUGGGCCUGGACCUGUCCAAGAAGAGCCCCCCGCUGCCCCCUGCCACCCCCGGAGCCCCCCUCAGCCCUGACGACCCAGCCCGGCUGAGUGACAGUCAGCUCGGGUCACCCCUCUCGGCCUCCGCCCCUCCUGUUGCCAGCAGUGCCUCUUAUGCCGAGCUUGGGGGCACCCCCGCUGAGCCUAUGGAUCUGGAGGGGGCUGAGGACAACCACCUGAGCCUGCUGGAGGGGCCUGGCGGGCAACCCCGGAAGAGCCUCCGGCACUCAGCCCGCAAGAAGGACUGGAGCAAGAAGGAGCCCUUGGCGGGUUCCCCCUUUGAGCAGAGAGAAGUGGGGCCCAAGAGCUCCUGCCCCGGGGAGGAGGGUGAGGGGCUUGGGGACAGGGUUCCCAAUGGCAUUCUAGCCAGCAGUGUUGCAGGGGGCGGCCCCAGUGGGCCCUACGGGGAGCCCCCGUACCCCUGCAAGGAGGAGGAGGAGAACGGCAAGGACGGGAGUGAGGACAGCGGGCAGAGUGGGAGUGAGGGGGGCAGCGGCCACACUGGCGCCCACUACAUGUACCGGCAGGAGGGCUACGAGACGGUCUCCUACGGGGACAACCUGUACGUGUGCAUCCCCUGCGCCAAGGGCUUCCCCAGCUCCGAGCAGCUCAAUGCCCAUGUGGAGACGCACACGGAGGAGGAGCUCUUCAUCAAGGAGGAGGGCGCCUACGAGACAGGCAGCGGGGGCGCCGAGGAGGAGGCUGAGGACCUGUCAGCGCCCAGCACGGCCUAUCCAGCUGAGCCCCGGCCCUUCAAGUGCUCCGUCUGCGAGAAGAGCUACAAGGACCCGGCCACGCUGAGGCAGCACGAGAAGACGCACUGGCUGACGCGGCCCUUCCCCUGCAACAUCUGUGGGAAAAUGUUCACGCAGCGUGGCACCAUGACACGCCACAUGCGCAGCCACCUGGGCCUGAAGCCCUUUGCCUGUGACGAGUGUGGUAUGCGCUUCACCCGCCAGUACCGCCUCACGGAGCACAUGCGUGUGCACUCGGGCGAGAAGCCCUACGAGUGCCAGCUCUGCGGGGGCAAGUUCACGCAGCAGCGCAACCUCAUCAGCCACCUGCGCAUGCACACCUCCCCCUCCUAGAAGCCAAAGACCCUUCUCCCUGGCCCGAGGGGCCCUGCGUAGACUCGGCCUCAGGAGUCAACAUGGAAGCAGAAGUGAGACCGGGCGGGCCAGGACCUCCAGGUCCAGUAGGGGUGGCUCCUGGCGGCACUCUGGCCAGCCCCCCACACCCAGAGCUUUAAUCCACAGUCUGUACCAAGGGAAGAGAGGAGGGGGCUGCCGCUGGUGUGCCCCAGCUCCUGAGAGGGCUGCACAGGCCUGAGGGAGUGGGUCUGGGUGCUUGUCUGGGCCCGGCCCCUCUCCUGCAGGCCGGGUCUGAGCAGGAGAAGGCAGCUCCCUCUGCGCCAGGGCCGAUGCCUGUGUGUGCAGGCCACCCUGGCUUCGGGAGCCGUGCCGGAGCAGCGGGACCGAGCCCUCCUUCCCUGAGCCAGGGGCCGCUGUUCUCUGGCACUGGGACAGCCAGGGGCCCCUCUGCCUACCUCUCCACAGCUGAAGAGCCCUCUGGGCCCGCGUUGCUGUUAUUCCUACUGAUGUGUUCCUUUUUUCUUUUCAAAUUUUGUUUUUUAAACCAAAACCAACAAGAGUUUAUUUUCCUCUGGCCCCCUUGGGGCUGAGCCUGGGUCUGCAGACUGAAUGUAGGGGGCCACUGCCCCUCCCCGCCCUCCAGGCCCCAGAAGCCCUUCUUGGCCAAAGGCUUCCCUGGGCCCCGAGCCCUGCCUCGGCUGCCUCAGGAGAGAGAGUGCUUUUCCUAUAGUUUCCGAGGAAUAUUGUUUAGAGGUACUUCUUUUUUAUUGAGAGAAAACCCAGUGUAACGUUUAUGCGAAUGUUUGAACUGGAAGGUCUGGGGUUCGUGGGGGGUGGGGGGCGCUGGAUUUGACGCCAGGCUGUCGGUGCCCCUGGCUCCUGUGCGUUGUGUGUGUGGUGUGCGCGGUGCGCCUGGGCAGCUCCUGUGCUUCCCCCUUCCUUCCCCAUCAAGGCGGAGAGAUGCGGGCCUUUUGCUACCUCUUCAGUUCCUGAGAACAGUAUGUUGGUGACUGGCAGUUGAGGCUAUAACACUUGUUUUUGUCCUGUUAGUGCACAAAGGAAGACGUGAAUUUGAGUGAGGCGGGCCUGGGCUGGCCUGGGAGGUCCUCAGCUUCCCUGAGACCCAGCUGUGGCCCAAGAUGCUUUCAGAGGGGGGCUCCUGCCACUGCAGUCUUGGGACUUGCCUGUGUGUCUUCUCCAUGAGCGUGCAGCUGCUGUGUCCACUCUGCAGGUGUUCUGGGUAUACUGCUGAGCGUCGGGCAGCUCCAGCGUGUCUCUGAUCUGGGUCCAGGUGAGCGGGUGCUCCAGUCCCACAGGAGCUCCCAGGCUGGGCCAGGCCUGGGCACCUGGGAGGCAGGAGGCACACUACAGGAUCAAGGUCCUUGCAGCUUCCUGCCAGGGCCAGGAUGAGGCGGAAGUGAGCCCCCCCUCAUCCUGUCCCCUGGGCCUGUGAGUGCAGAAGUUUGGGAGAGCAGCCCCUGCUCAGCCAGUGCAGAGGCCUGAGGGGGGCGCUGACCAAAGCACUGUGUCCCCCUGAGGGGCGGGGUGGGGGCCCUGCCCUGUGUGGAGUCCCACCCUUGCCCUCUCACCUUGGGCUUUCUCCACCAGCCUCAGAUACCUCCCUGGGCUGGAAGCCAGGCUCCCAAGGCCAGGCCAAGGUCGCCAUGGUCAGCCCCGCUGUCCUUGGCCCCCUGGAGCCACAGGGCUGGGCAAGUGGCUUUUGCUUUGUGCUCUUUCUUCCUUUUAUUUCUACUUUUAAGUUCAGACCAAAAAAUUCUGGAGUCAUCCCCUAGCUCCACCCACCCCGCCCCUUCAGAGGCCGUCCCGCUGAAAACAGCCUGAGUUUAGGGACCCUAGUGGUGAAGGGCAUGCUUUGCAAGUCAGGGAGUUCCCACCCAAGGCUGCCCUGCUGGCCCUUCCCUUCGGGUGGGAAACGGGGAUCUGGACCCCGGGUCUCGUGUUCCAGCCGGCCAGUCUGAGAAUCUGGCUGGGGGAGACCCCUGGGCUCCUUCCUCCACCCAGUGAGGGUCAGGCCCUUUCCGGGCCCCUCUGCUCUCCUGACCCCACUCCAUCAGCACUUAAGCCACACGACACAAAGUCUGUACCGCACGGAAGUGCGUGGCCUCUCAGGCCGUGGGCAGCCACAUCAGUGAGGUGACCCGUGAAAGUAGGUGAUUCAUUUGCAGAGCUUCAGGGACUGGGCGCAGAGGCCCCUCACUCGACGAUGUCCGUGCGACGUAGUAUUGUGCCCACCUGAGUAUUGUAUCGAGCCUUUUCUGUAUCUACCAAGAAAGCAAAACACUAGUUUCCUAUUUAAGAUUUUAAGGGUUUGUGGGACGGGGUGGGAUUAACACAACACUUGGUUUGGUUUUGUUUUCUUUUUCCUUUGAUUUCAUGUGAAAAGUGUGUGUGCUUGUGAGUAUGCGUGGAGAUGUGUUAGGAACCUCCCAAGGAAAUUAGGCCGUUGGAGGCCAAGGGCGGCUUACAGUUCUCUGCUUUAGUCACUUAUUCCUGAAUGUUUCGGAGAAACAGGAAACAGAGAAAAUAGCAGAUGUCAUGUAGGAAAGAGAGGAGAAAAACAAAAAAGAAAAAAAAGCUCAUAUCCAAAUUCAUAAAACCUAUUUUUUAAACCAAAGCACAUUUUGAAUGAGUAUGGAACCUCAAUGGGCUCAGAAAAAAGAUACUAAUAUAUUUAUCUCAUUGUUUACAUAAACUUUUACAGUUUCAGACCUCAGCAGCUGUAAGGCCAGUUCCAGUGAGUCCCCGCCUUCCCCUGGAGGCCCUUCAGAGUCAGCCCUGGAAGGGCUCACGGGCAGAGAGGCGGGCGUGGAGCCCCCUGGACUCACCUGAGCCCUCCUCCCCAGCCCCGGGCCCUCUGAGCCCAGCUGGCACCAAAGAGCUUGGGCAGUGCUGACCAGCUCCCGGGCCUGGCCGGACUGUGGUGGUCCUGGCCAGCUGGCACAGCAGGGGCUGGCUGUCAGCUCUGGCCACAGGACCUGAGUCUGGGCUUGGGCCCCGGGGUGUAACUUCAGGGGCUGCUUCCCCUGCUCCUCUGCUCCGGACCCUGGUGGGGGGGGAGGGGGGUUGAUGUGAGGGUCCCUCUCAAGCCAAAAAGUCGGGACCUUUGCACAGCUCUGUUGACUCUAGUGGGUCCCUUACCCCAGGGGCUCCCCACCCUGACCCCCAGCAGUGGGAGGGGCUCACUGGGCUGGUCCUUACCAACACAGACGGUGCAAACACUCUGAACAGUGUUGUUUUUGUAUCAAUAUAUUUGUGCAGUGAUGAAUGUAUUUAUUUCUCAGACUUGGGGUGAGUGAGUGGCAGGCCCCUUUGCCACCGCGCGCUCCCGCCAGACCGAGCCACCGCAAGGGCUCCUCUAGGAUUGCAAAAAAGGUGACAAAGAAAAGACAAACUUUUAAGCAAAUAAGAAUCUCAGAGACUCGCAGCAUAGCCAUACACCUCAGCCUGUGAAAUGAACAAUCCGGACCCAGACUGACUUUCUGAGCUUCAUGCAGCCACGUGUCUCCGUGUGUCUCCCUGGGCUGCCGGGCUGCUCACCCUGCCCCAUCAGUAUUCACUGGACUCGGCCGAGUGCAGGAGUGCGAUCUGGGCUGGGCUGCUGGGCACACACAUCCCAGCGGCCCUCCCCAGGCGUCCUGAGUUGAGGCGAGCCCUGGGCAGCCACAAAGGCAGGGCUCAGGGAAGAGGCAUUUGCGUCUGCCUUGUACCCUCUGCUUGGGGCCAAAGCAGAGGCUCCAGGCCAUAGGAAAAUAGAUCAGGGGUCUCAGCCCUGCCACGCACCCCCCUCCAAGGGACCAAGGCCCUGGCUCCCCAGAGGCCUGUUGGGGCAGACGUUCCGGAACCUGUGACUCCAGUGGCUGGAGUGGGGCUGGAGAGGGGCCUGGCCAGGCCUCAGUCUGACAUUCCAGAUCAGGGUGGGCGUGCACGGUGGGAACUGUGGCUGCCCAGGACCCCCUUCAUAGGACCCCCUGGCUUCAGUCAACUCACUUUAAUUUUCUACCGGGAACCCCUCCCCCUACCUCACUAUUUAUUGCUGUAAUUUAUUGACCUCAAAAAUGCUGCAUAACAGACCUCAGUCAGGGCAGGGAGGAUCCCCAGGGCUCCCCCCCUCCACUUGGCGGGGCCCUGUGGGGCCAGGUGCUGAGGGGAACCUCUCUGUACCCCACCCAUUACUUUCCCCUUCCCCCCUUGGGGGACCCAGGUUGGGCACUGGCCCAUUCGCAAAUACCUCGAGGGGGAGGGGCAGGGAUGGGGUUAUAGCUGUUUUGUUUAUGGGAACUGCAAGAGGAGGGAUCAUGUCCUGUUUUACGCCCUUCCCAGAAAGGGGGAGGGACACCGUGAUCGCACUCCUGUACCGGCCACCGCCGCUGUCCGUCAUCACAUUGACUUCCCCUCCCUUGAGAGAGGAUAAAUUCAGGUCAGAGCUGCAGAUGUGCAGCCCUCAAGUGUCAGAAAAGCAAUUCACCGACAACUGAUCUCCAUUCAGAAGCGUGCAGUCUUAAUGUACAGUGAUGAGAAACUGUUAUUUUAUGAUCUUUUCAUUAAAAGCUUUGUUGAAAACUGU